AUGGACACAACGAGUCUAGAGUUUCAAGAGGCACUUCGAGACCAUGCACGAAGUUUAGGCGUUGAAUUGGACUCGGAGAUUUAUUUGCUUCCGCUUGUGCAAGAAGCACUUCUUGCUGAACUUCCACCAGACUGGGAACAAGGUGAGACAGAAGAUGGUACGCUUUAUUACUUUAAUUCGACUACAGAGGAGAGUAUUUGGGAACAUCCAUUGGAUGCACACUAUCGAGAGCUUAUUCAAACUCAAAAGGAAGAACAUGCAGCUACUUUAAUCGCAAAUAUAUCUGAAGCACCCGAAGACUCCAAAACAAUUGACGUCAAGACUAGUUUGAAAACUACUUCAAUAACUAGCAAUCGUGAUUCUCAAUUAAAUCCAAAAGUAACAAUUUAUUCACCAAGCCACAUUUGUCAGUGCCAGCUUUGA